UGGCCAUACACGCUAGGGUAGGCCUGCGCAGUUUUGACUGUACAGUUCAACUGCACAGGUAAACCCCAUCUGGGUGGAGCACACACACGCAGCGGUAAACCUGUACAAACUCUCAGUUGUAACCAUGUCACCGUCGUCGUUUGUGCUUGAUGCUGAGGCAGCACUGUUAGGGUUAUUGUUUAUUGUAUUAAAGUGGAAGAAAGCCAAAGCAAGCAAGCAACGAAAGCGCCGUACAGUGUGGUGUAAGCAAUGGCUGCAAAAAAGAGAUCAGCUCAGCCAUGUCAAUUUACUGAAUGAGCUCAAAAUAUAUCCGGAAGAUUACCGAAAUUAUCUUAGAAUGGAUGAAAAGACGUAUUUAAAGCUUUUAAAAACAGUUUCGCCCUACAUUGAAAAGCAAGACACUAUCAUGAGAAACGCUAUAUCGCCUCACGAACGACUAACAGUUACAUUGCGAUUUCUGGCUACUGGAAGAUCAUACGAAUGUCUUAAAUUUUCUGCAAUUAUAUCACCUCAAGCUCUUGGCAAAAUUAUACCAGAAACCUGUGAAGCCAUUUAUCUAGCUUUACAAAAGGAAUAUCUGCAGUUCCCUGACUCAGCUGAAAAAUGGAAAGAUAUAGCGGAAUUAUUUGAAGAGAGAUGGAAUUUUCCUCAUUGCUUAGGUGCAAUUGAUGGCAAGCAUAUUAACAUUGUGCCACCCGCAGACAACGGAUCGUACUAUUAUAAUUACAAAAAACAACACAGCAUGGUGCUUAUGGCAAUAGUAGAUGCUAAAUACAGGUUUAUAUACGCAGAUUUUGGUACUAAUGGUAGAAUAUCUGAUGGAGGUGUCUUACAGAAUACUAAGUUUUUUGAAAAGUUGCAAAAUAAAACAUUAAAACUUCCAAAUAGUGAAAUUCUGAGGAAUAGUUCAAGAUGCCUACCAUACGUUUUUGUUGCUGAUGAUGCAUUCCCAUUAAGAAAUGAUAUGUUAAAGCCAUAUCGACAAGCAGAUCUGAAUUCCCACCAAAAAAAAAUAUUCAACUACAGGCUGUCUCGCGCCAGACGGAUAGUUGAAAACGCUUUCGGUAUUCUGGCUUCACGAUUUAGAAUAUACCACUCUGCAAUAAAUGUUCAACCCGACAACAUAGAAAAAAUCGUUAUGGCUACAUGUGUCUUGCAUAACUUUUUGUUAGAACACAUACCGAGUAAUUAUUCGCCCCGGAAAUGCUUUUAUCAAGAAAAUACUGACAAUGGCACUAUUAUCAGCAACGGAUAUAACACAACUAGUAGUCAUAUGGAAAAUUUUCAAAGACGAAACCAAGGAAAUGUUUUAAGUGACGCAAAAAGAGUACGGCUGGAAUUCGAAACUUAUUUCACUAUGGAAGGCAGAGUACCGUGGCAAGAUAAUUUUGUUUAGACCUAAGAACUGGCUGGUUAUCGCGAACGUCGAAAAUUAAGUUUCUGGUUAUUUUCAUCUCUUUCAUUUAAAUACGCGAGUUUCUCACAAUUGUUAAUACAAAAUAGAUGUUAUUGGUAGCCUUACUGGAAUAUCUACUUAUAAAACAAUAAAAAACA